AUGUUUAUACUUGCCAGUGGCAUCACAGAUGAGAAACGCAAACGUGCCUUGCUUCUCUAUCAACGGGACAACGCGUCAGAGAAAUUUUUCGCCAAUUACCGAAUACGGGAACAGCAGCGGACUAUAAAACUGCUACAGACAAGCUCACGGAGUAUUUCGAACCUCAAAAGAAUCGUCGUUACGAAGUAUACCGGUUCAGACAGGCUACUCAAAAAGCACACGAAACGUUAGAUCAGUUUCAUACGCGUUUCCGUACGCUCGCCCAAACGUGUUCAUUCGCAGACGCAGAUUUCGAGAUCGAGCAACAAAUUGUUACGGCUGGGCCGGCUGGCUCGUCAUAUAGAAUUCGAAAGAAAGUUCUACGUGAUCCUACGUACGAUCUGAAAGCUAUUCUCAUUGAUGGUAGACGUGAUGAGCAAAGUGCUUAUCAAGCUCGUGAUAUUGAGUCGAAAGAGCAGAAAAAUGAAGCUAUACGAAAACUUCAAGGAACCGCAACGGAAUGUCGGAAUUGCGGCUGCUUAUAUCCUCACACGAAUAAUUGUCAGGCGAAAGGUAAACAAUGCAAAAAAUGCGGAAAACAGAACCACUUUGCAAAGGUCUGUCGCAGUAAACCUGAACAGAAAGAACACCCCCCUGCAAGUCAAGGAAAACGUUAUGAACAUAAAUUUUAA